AUGGACCACGGACAUGAUGUGGAUUUGGAGGAGCCUUGUCCAGUCUGUGGAGAUAAAGUCUCUGGAUACCACUACGGUCUGCUGACCUGUGAAAGCUGCAAGGGGUUUUUCAAAAGAACAGUUCAAAACAACAAGAAGUACAUCUGUGCAGAAAACCAGAAGUGCAGAAUUGAUAAAACUCAGAGGAAACGGUGUCCAUUCUGCAGAUUUCAAAAGUGUCUCCAUGUUGGCAUGCGACUGGAAGCUGUUCGUGCAGAUCGGAUGCGAGGUGGCAGAAACAAGUUUGGCCCUAUGUACAAGCAGGAUCGUGCCCUAAAGCAGCAGAAAAAGGCUUUGAUACAAACUAGUGGAUUCAGACUAGAGAGCAGCCCACCUCUGGUCUCAACCCACCAGAGAGACAUUACUUUUACUGGUGGCUUCCAACCAGAUUCCAUCCUUCAUGGCACCAUUUUACCUACAGCACAGAAUGACUGCAUCAGCAACCAACCUUCACUGUGUUCGCUUCUGCCCUCCAACUCACAUGCGACCCAGUACCAGUGCUUCUCUUUCUCAAACUGGACAAUCAAAUCUGAGCACACCAGCAACUGUACAAGUUCAUCAGGCUCUGCUGCAGGAAUCUACACCGACUCAGACAAUCUAUACUCAAGUUCUCCACAAGGUCCCAGGAUGCCUCAGUUAGUGAUAGAGUUCCUGCUCUGUGAUCCAGAUGAGCUACAACUGCAGAAUAAGAUCACUGCUCAUCUCCAGCAAGAGCAAAUUGGCUGGAGGAAAAACGGGAACCCUAGCAUGUUCAGCCUGAUGUGCCUCAUGGCUGACCAGAUGCUGUUGUCCAUCGUGGAGUGGGCUCGCACAUCCACCUUCUUUAAACAACUUAAGGUGAGUGAUCAGAUGAAGUUACUGCACAGCUGCUGGAGUGAACUAUUGAUCCUGGACAUAAUUUCCAGACAGGUCCUGUAUGGUAAAGAGGGCAGCCUGCUCCUGGUUACUGGGCAGGAGGUGCAGCUGCCCGACAUAGCCUCUUAUACUUGUCCUUCCUUGGCCAGCCUGGUCCAGAAAGGACAGGAGCUGGUUGAGAAGUUCCUAAUCCUAAAGGUUGACCGUCAAGAGUUUGCAUGUAUCAAGUUCCUCACCCUCUUUAACCCAGAUGUGAAAGAACUUGAGGAGCAUCAGCUCAUAGAGAGUAUGCAGGAGCAGGCUGAAGGAGCCCUGCUGGAGUACACAUUGUGCACCUCUUUUCAAUACCUUGGACGCUUUACUCAUCUGCUACUGUGUCUCUCCGAGUUACGUUCUCUCAGCACCCUUGCUGAGGAUUACCUGUACUGCAGACACCUGAGUGGUGAGGUGCCCUGCAACAACCUGCUCACUGAGAUGCUCCACGCCAAGCGCAGCUGGGCAUGAAGCCUCAGACCCUCUGUUAUUGCACAUGUUAGCAUAUGGA